AUGCCCAACGCCGAAACAGCGCCCGACGGCGCCUCCCUCUCCGCCAUGGCGCAGCCGCCCCCCGCCAAAAUCGACCCCGUCUACUACACGUGGUCGAGCGCCUUCAACAUCAUGCUGGGCCGGAUGACGGGCCAGCGCGACAUUGAGCUGGAAAAGGGCUACUUUAGCGAAAUGGACACAAUCAAAGCCGACUCCAUCUGCAAGCGCUGCGAGUCCAACAAGGAGUACCUGCUGCAAUACAGCCCCGUCAUCCGCUUCAUGCAAGACGAAGUGUACAAGCUGGGCGGCGACCUGAACAAAGACAACAUCCUGUGCCGCAUGUGCACCAACGAGCAGAGCGGCGGCUUCUCCCUCGAGCACGGCAUCCUGCUCUGCGCAAACAAGUUCCGCAAUCGCGGCCACCAGGAAGAUACCAUGGCGCAUGAAAUGGUGCAUGCCUGGGACCAUCUCAAGUUCAACGUCGAGCCCGACAACCUGCGCCACCAGGCUUGUCUGGAAAUCAGGGCCUCGACCCUCUCGGGCGAGUGCCGGUUUACACGGGAAUUCUUCACGCGCAACCAGUGGAGGAUUACUGAGCAGUUGCAGGCUUGUGUUAGGAGGAGAGCCACGCUGAGCAUGCUGGCAAGACCGGGCAUCCGCGACCAGGAACAUGCGGGCAAGGUGGUCAACGAGGUUUGGGAAAGCUGCUUUAGGGAUACGAGGCCGUUUGAUGAAAUUUAUCGGUGA